AUGCUUGAGAAAAUAGUCGAUCUCACUAUGUCUGUCCCCAAGAACAACUCGGAGUGGGAAACCCUAAUAUCCACAAUCCAAAGCUCGCUAUCAAACGUUUCAGAGCAACAAGCCACACCACCUGCGAAAGUCAAUCGCACCAUCGAUCACACCCAGUUAGCACUAGCAGCAACAGAAGAACAAAUCAACGAACUAUGCGACCAGGCUUCGAAGUACCAAUUCGCAACAGUAUGUGUCCGUUUAAGCCAUGUUGAACAGGCAGUGAAGAAGCUGCGCCAGGCACCCGAUGUAGGCGUCGCCUGCGUUGUCGGCUUCCACGAAGGAAUGUAUGAGACUUCAGAGAAAGAAAACGAGGCACGGAAAGCUGUCGAACUAGGAGCUUCUGAGCUCGAUAUGGUUCUCAAGUAUCCGCUGGUCAAGACAAAGCAGUACAUGGAUGUUUAUGAGGAUAUCCUUGGUGUGCGCAACGCCGCUCCGGCGCCCAUUGGGUUGAAGGUUAUUCUAGAGACAUCGCAGUUGACUCGGGAUGAGAUAAUUGCUGGGUCUGUUGUCUCCUGCUUGGCUGGGGCGGAUUUCAUCAAGACGAGUACUGGGUUCAAUGGGGCGGGUGCUUCGGUGGAGAAUGUGGCCUUGAUGUACGAGACGGCAAAGGUUGUGGGUAAGGGGACGAAGAUUAAGGCGAGUGGCGGUGUACGCUCUGCAGCAGAUUGUAUCAAGAUGUUGGAAGCUGGGGCAGAGCGCAUUGGGACGAGCUCAGGAGUCAAGAUUGUGCUGGAGUUGGAAGGUGAGGUGCAAGAGCAGGGGGGUGCGAGCGGUGGGUAUUGA